CGUUUUAUCAACAGCCGACCUUUUGGUCUUUGUCGGCAUUUAUUUCAACUCCAACUUUUGAAUUUGUUUAAAUCCAUAAAAUGUGAAAUACAACGUGCCUAUGAUGUUGUAAAGCUUCAACCUUUCGGUUGGGCUUUUGUUGUUGUCAUUGUUGUUUGAUCUUCUUCAAUCUCCACCAAACCCAAUUAUUAUUCCAUCUUCGUUUUUGUCAUUAAUUGUUUCAAUCACUCUUUCCACUCCUUUCUGGGUUUCUUGAUCAGGUUCUGUUGUGUAUAGGGUUUAAAUAAAGUCAGGAUAAAAUUCUCCCGUCUGUGCCUCAUAAAAAGAACUAGCAGGUUGUCUUCAAGCAUAUUUUCUCCUUUUGAAGUUACUAAGUUCUCUGGCACAUGGCUGCCCCGGGGACUAUGUCUACUAAUCAUCACAAAGUUCCUUGGGGUCCGGCAUUGGUGUCAGCUAGUCUCGAGUGGUUACUGAUUUUUAUGCUCGUUGUGGAUGCCAUAUUCUCAUAUGUAAUUACAAAGUUUGCUCAUUACUGGGGAUUGCAAACACCAUGCCUCCUGUGCUCCAGACUUGAUCAUGUCUUGGGCAAUGAAAAACCAGGUUAUUAUUGGGACUUGAUCUGCGGCAGUCAUAAGUCAGAGAUUUCUUCCUUAGUUCUUUGUCGUGCACACAACAAGCUUGUAGAUGUUAAUGGAAUGUGUGAAAGUUGCCUAUUCUCUUUUGCAACCAUUAAUAGAUCCAAUGCUGAGACAUACAGGUUAUUGGUGGGCAGGUUGGGGGAAGCUCCUAAUUCUAAGGCUGACCAUGAGAUUGAGGACCCAGUACUCGGGGGCCAAUAUGUUUGCUUUUCCGGCAGAGCACAUUGUUCUUGUUGCAAUGAGCCGCAAAUUUCUGAGGGGUAUUCUCAUAAGUUGAUUCACUCUAAAUUGUUUGGGUCUGAGGCUGAACUUGAGCCCCUAUCUGGUGCUAUUAGACAAAACCUUGAAGAACUGAGGAAGGCACAAGAUAAAUCAUCUAGGUCAUUGAGAGCUUCUCAUUUGAGAGAUACUGGGCUCCCUUUAUCUCAUGUUGGAUACACAGAGCUCAAAGGUUCUGACACUGAAUCAGAAGUUCAUUUUUCUGACGGGGAGGAUGCAAGUGCUUCAAUUCAUGAAAAGGGAAAAGGUGUUGAACCUCGUACUAUUACUCCGGUUCUGAUAGAUCCACCUUCAGUGUCCAAGACCUUAGUUUCAGCAUCAGAGAUGACAUUAGAUAAUAUGGAGUCCCAUGGUAAUACAUCUGCUCGUGUGAGAGAUAUUAGGCUUCAUGCUUUAUCUCAUGUUGGAUACACAGAGCUUAAGGUCACUUCAGAUACUGAAUCGGAAGUUCAUUUCUCUGAUGAUGAUUAUGCAGGUUCUCUGACUCAUGAAAUGGAUGGUCCCAAGGAAGAUUCCUCUGCUCAAGCUGUUGAGCCUCAUGUUAUUCCUCAAGUACUGACAGAUCCACCAUCUGUGUCCAAGCCCUCACUUUUGGUAUCACAGGCACAAAUAGAUCGUAUAGAGUCCCUAGGUAGUACAUCUGUAGCAUCUGCAGUUACUAAUGGUCAUGGAUUGGAGGAACUUAACUUGAAAGAAGCUAGAAGAACACCUGAUUAUCAUGCCUUAUCUGAACCACUACUUGAGAAUGCCUCUCCAUCAUCAAAGGCAAUGGAAGCCCCAGUUGAAGUAUCAAAGAGAAGCUUAGAUGUUACAGAAACUCGUGAAAUUGAUCAAGCAUAUGUAGCAGAAUCUGGGGAAUUUCACAAGAGAGCUGUCAGGCCACUUAAAACAUCUGAAGUACGUUUAGAAACAAACCCAGUUUCAAGCAACACUGAUCAGCAAGUGGUUAAUGUUUUAGAUCUCGGUGAUGCUUAUAAGAUCGUUGUUGGUAGUCAAGGAAGACAAUUGCCAGGUGUACUUGCGGAACAAUGGAUUGGAAAGGACUCUUCAAGAGUUACUGAAGAUUUGAAGAUCCUGUUGUCACAAUUGUCUGCCAAUCGAGGGAUUGAGCAAUCAACAAAUGAAAUUAUCAGUCCAACAAAUAGUGGUGAUCUGAAAACUAUGGGGAUGCAGAUACGUCAACAGAGGAUCUCACUAGAAAGAAAUGAGUCUGGGUUGUCUAUUGAUGGGAGCACUGUCAGUGAAAUUGAGGGUGAGAGUAUGCUUGAUCGAUUAAAACGACAGGUUGAGCAUGACAAGAAACUUUUGAGUUCUUUGUACAAGGAGUUGGAGGAGGAAAGAAAUGCUUCUGCGAUUUCUUCAGAUCAAGCAAUGGCCAUGAUUACAAGGCUGCAAGAGGAGAAGGCGGCACUUCAUAUGGAAGCACUUCAGUCCCUAAGAAUGAUGGAAGAGCAAGCUGAGUAUGAUAAUGAAGCACUGCAUAAGAUAGAUGACCUUCUUGCUGAAAAGGAGAAGGAAGUACAAGAUCUAGAAGCGGAGCUAGAAUUUUACAGGAUUAAGUACCCAAAUGAAUCAAUGCUAGAGUGUCUGGGAGAGACAACUUCUGAUAUGCAGGCAAGGGAUAUUGUGGUUGAUCAUUCAGUACCUAGCAGCCUUGCAGAGAGUCAUAAAAAUACGGAUGCUGGAAAGCCUUGUACAGACAGUAAAGAUGGAGGAGCGGGGAUGCUUCUCAGUGAUGAGAAAACUGGUAGUUUAAAGAACUCACUGAAGGAUUUUGAGGUAGAGAAGAAACAGAUCUUGCAAUGCUUGGAGAAGUUGGAGAAGACACUUUCUUUGUUCUCUAGUAAUGGGGUAAAGACGGAUCCAUCUAAAGGAAAUUGUUCUGAAAACGGAGGAGAUGGGGCUGGCAAGUCAAAUCUGCAGAAUUCCGAACAGCACUCUGAAGAAAAUAUUAAGAAAGAAGAAAAUGAUUUGUCCAAGCAACAUGAAGUGCCUGCAUUGUCGGGACAUAGUUCACCACACGAGAUCCCCCAGCCCUGUCAAGCGAAUGAUUUAACAUCUCUAUCGGUCCUGGCUUCCAAUCUGAAUAAGAGAUUGAAGGCACUUGAGGCAGUCCUAGAAUUUCUUGAACAAGCAAUCACUUCUCUCAAAUAUGGUGAGGAGGCACUGAAGUUCAUUCAGGAGAUCGCUUCUCACCUAGCGGAACUACGGAAGAUUGGGAUUAGAAAGGAUCAGACUUCAGCUUGAGUACAUAAAAUCAUCACAAAUAUGCAUACACUAUGUUCCAGAAGGCAGAUGGAAGUCUACAUAACAAGUCGAGGCAUGUAUCGAAAAUGUGUAUCCAAAGUGUACAGCAGCACUUAGCUUUAUUUUCUCUCAACACAAAGAAUAUGAUAGGAUUUGACACUAUAGAGUUUUGGUCAUUUUUCUCUCUUCCCCACUUUUUUUUUCUGGGGCUUUGACAUAUUUUGGUGAUCUUUUUGGGGGUUUCAUCUUUUUUUCUUCUUCUUUGGUUUGUCGAGUGGAUGAGUGGUUGCGUUGUAUAACAUUAACCGGUGUGAUAAUUGUGUGUAAACUGUAUAGUAUACAGCUUUGGGGAGCAAUAAGAAGAUCAAUAUCAUUUUGUGCAA